AUGUCUUGUCCGCAAUGUUUCUCGGGCAGCGUGCAUGAGGGCACACCCAAGGGCGAGAUCACCAAGCUCCACGGCCUAGACGCCUAUGUGAGCGCGCCACCGCAGGAGCCCGCCAAGGGUAUUGUGAUCAUCGUCCCUGACGCUUUUGGCUGGGAAUUCGUCAACCUUCGUCUUCUGGCAGACCACUACGCUGAGAAGGGCAAUUUCAAGGUGUACUUGCCUGAUUUCAUGAAUGGCCAUCCAGCGUCCACUGCUGUUCUCACUGCAGUGCCAAAAUUGGUAGGAGGAGGGGGUCUGUGGGCAUGGUUGGCCAAACCGUACUGGCUUUUUCUCCUGGUGAAAAUCAUGGUUCCGUUCUUCAUCCACAAUCGGUUUGGAAAGGUCUGGCCCGUUGUUGAGAGUUUCUUCAAGACAGUGCGUGAAAACGAAGGCGCCAAUCUUCCUAUCGGGGUCGCUGGGUUUUGCUGGGGCGGCAAACACUCUGUUGUUCUGGCUCAUGGGACGAGCAGCGUCAAUGGCAAGCCAUUGAUCGAUGCUGCUUUUACUGGCCACCCGAGCAUGCUGGACUUCCCCAGUGAUAUUGAGAAGAUCAAGAUCCCGACCUCGUUCGCACUAGCCGGAGAAGACUUUGUUGUGCCGGCUUCCAAAAUUGAAUUGAUCCAGAAGAUCAUCGAGGCGCAGCCUGAAGAGACCAAGGGCGAGUCCAAGGUCUAUGUUGGAACCGGCCACGGCUUCUGUGUUCGAGCAGAUCACAUUUCCGUAGAGAAGGAGCGCGCGGCGACCGAGGCUGAGGACCAGGCUGUUUCUUGGUUUUUGAAGUACUUUGCAAAGACGUCUUACUGA